CACGCACACACACACACACGCACGCGCACACACACACACACACUCACACACAGAGGUACUGCGUGGUGCCAAGGUAUAUAAUAAUCCCUCGAAUUCAUGGCAUACUACUUCAGCGGAAAUUCCGCAACACACCAUACCAUAGACCAAGAACAAGCGUUGGUUAAUCUACUCAUUUUACUGAGCAACUACGGCGUUCCUGACAAUAACGAUCUCCAUCAACCUUCGUUUGCUUGGAAAGGACCGUAAUGCCUUAUAACACACCUGAUAUCACGCCACGUCUGAGACCUUUCUGCCAGGUCAUUGAUGGUGUCAAGCGUUGCCCGCUGAUCACGAAAGAACGACUUGACGACAUUAUGAAAUUUGCACCUCAGGAAGGUGACGUACUGCAGCUGUCGUACCCAAAGACAGGGGCGCAUUGGAUUCAGUUCACUGUGCAGGCCAUCAUACAGGGAGGCGAAGUAGUUGAGAGUUACGACGAUUUUACGGCAGUGACCUGCUUUCUCGACUACGUCGGCUUACAAGACUGGAAGCGCCUUUCUUCGACACCUCUGGGCUUGUAUAUGUCCCACGUUCUCCCUCCGCUGAAAAAUUUGAAUUCAGAAGCAAAGUAUAUUUACAUAGCUCGAAACCCAUGGGACUGCUGCGUCUCCUUCUAUCACAUGGUGAAGGAGCUUGACAUCUACUCCUUCAAGGAGGGAUCUUUUGACGACUUCUUUGAGUGUUUUAUUGAAGGGGAUUUCGGCUAUGGCGAUUACUUCGAGCACCUGCUUUACGGAUACGGACUGAGAAACAGGCCCAACGUGCUGUUUCUCACCUACGAAGAAAUGAAGACAGAUAGCCGAGGCACGGUGCUGCGCAUUGCACAUUUCAUCGGAAAGCAUUACGCGAAAGAAUUGGAAGAGAACACUGAACUACUGGAAAAUUUGCUCAGCAAGCUAACAGUGGAACGUACAAAGGGCAUCUUGGUGCUCAACCUGGCUGGUCAUAAGAACCCAAAGAUCGAUGCCAAGAUCAAGGAGCGCAAUUUGACGGCGUCCGUAGGCUUUGGGGGAUGUCGCACUAGGCUUCCGUUUGUGAGAAAGGGUGAAAUUGGUGGCUGGAAAGACUAUUUUAGCUCAGAGCAACUAGUGCGCAUGGAAGAGACAAUUGUACGCAAGACCUCUGGCUCGGACGUAAUGGACAUCUGGGCUAAUGUGCGUGAAGAAGCGCGCCGCCUAUCCAUAAAUUGACCUUGUGCUCGCUCCAUAACGAACCAUG